AUGGAUCAGGGAGCCACCUUGCGAAAUUUUGCCAAGACGGUGGUGAAUCUUAGCAGUGGUUUACUCUUAGCUAGGCUUCCGAUUCCGAGAAGUCGGAAUGUCGGAUGUGUCGAACUCUUUCUCAGCUUGGUAGACCUUGCCGGAGGAUGGACCUCCGCUGUGCAUCGCAGUUCGACGCCAGAGUCACCUCCACGCCACUAUGAGGCGACACUAGAGCUAUGGCGCAUGAUUAAAAGACAUGAGAUGUUCGAUGAAGUUGAUCCAAAAAAGAAGGCUCUAUCUGAGGACUACAUGCCAGUACUGAACAGCUCAACAUCGCCAUCUCAGUUCUUUACUUUUCCCUUUCGGAGAAAAAAACAGUGCUACACAAUUAAUCCUCCUGAUCUCUGCUACGAUGUUAUUUAUUUGGGAAAUGUGCUUACAAUAAUGGCAGGAGGUGAACAUUGUUUUGAAAAGCCUCUUGCUCUGAUUUGGAAGGCCUACUGCAGUAGAGCUGAUGCCGAUCUCAGUAUGGGCCUUGAGAUCACUCGGUCGGGAUUGAAGGCUAAAACGAAAGAGCAAGGACUCACUGAGUACUGGGCUAACCGUAUUACAUCAUCAGGCGCGCUACCGCACUAUCCAAAAAUAUUUUGCUGGAUAUACAGACAUGAUGGAAAAAGACUAAAACCGGAUCUCCGUUGUCAUGCAGUUCUCUGCAAAAGAUCCUCUGAUGCUGUUACGAUUCACAACAAACUACAGGAGUUUCUACAUGCUGCUCUUCAGAAGAGGAGUCGUGAAGUUCAAGAUCAACCGAGACUCGACAUGGCAGAUUUGAAAGCCGAUGAAUGCAGAAAGAAGUUCCGCAAACGGGUGUCGAUCAGUACUGGAUUACGGACCGAGAAGGAAGUGGAUGAUGUGAAGCAUGGUAAACACGACAAAUAUUGGAUUACGAGCUGA